AUGCCCGGAAAAUACGAUCCCGAUAUGGAAGUUCUAAAUUAUAGCGCGCCAAUGCAAACUGUGCGAAUUGCGCUAAAAUAUUUAGGUUGCGAUGAAUCGAUCAAAAUACUAGAUGUUGCUUGUGGUACUGGACUAGUUGGGUCAUUGUUACGAAACAAUGCCUUCAAGGGCCUACUUCAUGGAAUUGACGGCAGUCAAGAAAUGCUUAAAAUUGCACGGAAAAAAGAGACAUACGAUGAAUUAUUUACUCAAUUUUUAUCGCCUGGGAAGCCAAUUAUGACAAGUCGUGGUUUGAAAUAUGAUGCAAUACUAUGUGCUGGAGGGAUAACCAAGAACCAUCUGGACCCUGAGCUUUUGAUAAAUUUCUUGGAAGUUUUGACAACAGGGGGAAUAAUGGUGUUUGCUUUAACUAAAGGUACAUACAACGUGGAAGUGGAAAAAGCCGUUGAUAAGGUCUUAAAAUCUCUCAUUAUUUCUGGAAAAAUUGAAGAACUUGAACUAUUCGUAAAUGGAAAUACAUUCGAAGUUGGUGAAGAUGCUGUACCAGAGAAUUUUAGGAAGGAAGAUUCGUCUUCAAAUUUCAACUCUUGUAUUUAUUGUUACCAGAAAAAAUGAGUAACACUCGCACAGUAGGCAUACUUGCAUAUGUGCCAGUAUUCGGUACAAAAGGAUUAUGUUGUGUUGUUUCAUGUUCGUGCAUUGCUAUUAAGUAAAUUAUAUAGAAUUAAUGUCUAACAUGCGUAUAUGUGA